AAGCAAAUUCGCACAAUUUUCUUAUUCUAUUUCAAGCUAGGCCGAAAAGCUGCUGAAACAGCUUGCGAUAUCAACGAUGCGUUUGGCCCAGGAGCCACUAAUGAACGUACAGCACAAUGAUGGUUGAAGAAAUUUCGUAGUGGUGACGGGAGUCUUGAAGAUGAUAAGCGUAGUGGUCGGCCAUCGGAUGUAGAUAACGAUCAACUAAGAGCCUUAGUGGAAGCCAAUCCACGCACAACUGUUCGAGAGCUUGCUUCAGACUUAGACAUUUCCAACCAUUUGAAAGAGAUUGGAAAAACAAAAAUACUUGAGAAAUGGGUGCCGCACGAAUUGAACGCCAACCAAAGAAAAAAACGCCGUUUUGAAGUGUCGUCUUCUCUUCUUUUACGCAACAAGAACGAUCGGUUUCUCGACCGUAUUGUGACUUGCGAUGAAAAGUGGAUUCUUUACGACAACCGGCGACACUCAGCUCAGUGGUUGGACGCCGAAGAAGCUCCACGGUACUUCCCGAAGCCAAAGUUGCACCAAAAGAAGGUCAUGGUGAGUGUUUGGUGGUUUGCGGCCGGUCUCAUCCAUCACAGCUUUUUGGAUCCAGGCGAAACCAUUACGGCGGAGGAGUACUGUUAGCAAAUGGAUGAAAUGCAUAAGAAACUCCGUCAACAACAGCCAGCAUUGGUCAAUAGAAAAGGACCAAUUCUUCUCCACGACAUCGUUCGGACGCACGUCGCACAACUGACCCUGCAGAAGUUGAACGAAUUGGGCUACGAAACUUUGCCUCAUCCGCCAUACUCACUAGACCUCUCGCCUACCGACUACCACUUUUUCAAGCAUCUUGACAGCUUCCUGCGUGAGAAAUGCUUUAAAAACCAAGACGAUGCCAAACACGUCUUCAACGACAUCAUCGCCACCAGAACGAAGGAUUUUGACGCUACUGGCAUAAAUAAAUUUGUUUCGCGUUGGCAAAAGUGUGUUGGUUCUGAUGGUGUUUAUUUCGAUUAAUAAAGUUUUGUUUGAGCCGAGAUACGUUCAUC